GUUUGUUUCCUUUCCUUUAGAAAGACCAUCUUUUGUGAAGAGACCCAGUAAUUUGGCCGUAACUGUGGAAGACAGUGCAGAGUUUAAAUGUGAGGCUCGGGGUGACCCUGUACCUACAGUAAGAUGGCGAAAAGAUGAUGGGGAAUUACCAAAAGCAAGAUAUGAAAUCCGUGAUGAUCACACCUUGAAAAUCCGGAAAGUUAUGGCAGGAGACAUGGGGUCUUAUACUUGUGUUGCCGAAAAUAUGGUUGGAAAAGCUGAAGCAUCAGCAACUCUAACAGUUCAAGUUGUGUCUGAACCUCCCCAUUUUGUUGUGAAACCUCGUGACCAGGUGGCUGCAUUGGGACGGACAGUGACUUUCCAGUGCGAAGCAACUGGAAACCCUCAACCAGCCAUCUUUUGGCGGAGGGAGGGAAGUCAGAAUCUGCUUUUCUCAUACCAGCCGCCGCAGUCAUCCAGCCGCUUUUCAGUCUCCCAGAUUGGUGACCUUACAAUCACAAGCGUCCAGAGGUCUGACGUUGGGUACUAUAUCUGCCAGACUUUAAACAUUGCAGGAAGUAUCACAACAAAAGCAUACUUGGAAGUUACUGAUGUGAUUGCAGACCGGCCUCCCCCAGUCAUUCGACAGGGUCCUGUGAAUCAGACUGUAGCUGUGGAUGGUACAUUAGUACUCAGCUGUGUGGCCACAGGCACUCUAAUGCCCACAAUCCUCUGGAGAAAGGAUGGGGUCCUCAUCUCUACCCAGGACUCUCGUGUCAAGCAGCUGGAGACAGGAGCUUUACAGAUCCGAUACGCCAAGCUGGGUGACACUGGUCGGUACACCUGCAUUGCCUCAACUCCAAGUGGCGAAGCUACCUGGAGUGCUUAUAUUGAGGUUCAAGAAUUUGGAGUUCCAGUGCAACCACCAAGACCGACUGACCCAAACUUGAUUCCUAGUGCACCCUCAAAACCUGAAGUGACAGAUGUCAGCAGAAAUACAGUAACACUGUCAUGGCAACCUAAUUUGAAUUCAGGUGCAACUCCGACGUCUUAUAUAAUAGAGGCCUUCAGCCAUGCAUCUGGUAGCAGUUGGCAAACUGUAGCAGAAAAUGUGAAAACUGAAAGUUUUGCAGUUAAAGGGCUGAAACCUAAUGCAAUUUACCUCUUCCUUGUGAGGGCAGCUAAUGCAUAUGGACUUAGUGAUCCUAGCCAGAUAUCUGACCCAGUGAAAACUCAAGAUGUUCCACCUACAAGCCAGGGUGUGGAUCACAAACAGGUCCAGAGAGAGCUCGGGGAUGUGGUUCUGCAUCUUCACAACCCCACUAUCCUUUCUUCUUCCUCAAUUGAAGUUCAUUGGACAGUGGACCAGCAAUCCCAGUAUAUUCAGGGAUAUAAAAUUCUGUAUAGGCCUGCCACUGCAUCCCACGGCGAGUCUGAAUGGUUAAUUUUUGAAGUGAGAACACCAACCAAAAAUAGUGUCGUCAUUCCAGAGCUGAAGAAAGGUGUAAACUAUGAAAUCAAGGCCCGCCCUUUUUUUAACGAGUUUCAAGGAGCAGAUAGCGAAGUGAAAUUUGCAAAAACCCUAGAAGAAGCUCCUAGUGCUCCACCUCAAAGUGUUUCAGUGACUAAAAAUGAUGGGAAUGGGACUGCAAUUGUGGUUACCUGGCAGCCACCCCCUGAGGAUACCCAGAAUGGAAUGGUCCAAGAAUAUAAGGUUUGGUGUCUGGGCAAUGAAAGCAGAUACCACAUAAACAAGACAGUAGAUGGUUCCACCUUUUCUGUAGUCAUCCCCUCCUUAAUUCCUGGUAUUCGAUACAGUGUGGAAGUAGCAGCAAGUACUGGGGCAGGACCUGGAGUGAAAAGUGAGCCACAGUUUAUCCAAUUAGAUUCCCAUGGAAACCCUGUGUCACCAGAAGACCAAGUCAGCUUAGCUCAGCAGAUUUCAGAUGUUGUAAAGCAGCCAGCUUUCAUUGCUGGCAUUGGUGCAGCCUGUUGGAUUAUUCUUAUGGUCUUCAGCAUCUGGUUAUACCGCCACCGAAAGAAGCGAAAUGGACUAACUAGUACUUACGCUGGUAUCAGAAAAGUGACCUAUCAGAGAGGAGGAGAAGCUGUAAGCAGUGGAGGCAGACCAGGACUUCUAAACAUCAGUGAACCUGCCCCUCAACCAUGGCUAGCAGAUACGUGGCCCAACACUGGUAACAACCACAAUGACUGCCCCAUCAACUGCUGCACCUCAGCCAAUGGAAACAGUGAUAGCAACCUCACAACGUACAGUCGACCAGCUGAUUGUAUAGCAAAUUACAACAACCAGCUGGAAAGCAAGCAAACAAACCUGAUGCUGCCUGAGUCAACUGUUUAUGGUGAUGUGGACUUGAGCAACAAAAUCAAUGAGAUGAAAACCUUCAAUAGUCCAAAUCUAAAGGAUGGAAGAUUUGUCAACCAACCUGGGCAGCCCACUCCUUAUGCAACCACUCAGCUCAUCCAAUCAAGCAUCAGCAAUAAUGUUAACAGCAGCAGUGGGGAUACAAAUGAGAAACACUGGAAACCCUCUGUUCAGCAAAAACAAGAGGUUGCACCCAUACAGUACAACAUUAUGGAGCAAAACAAAUUAAACAAAGAUUACAGAGUAAAUGACAAUAAUGCUCCAACUAUUCCAUACAACCAGUCAUAUGACCAGAAUACAGGAGGGUCCUACAACAGUUCAGAUCGGGGGAGUAGUACAUCUGGGAGUCAAGGACACAAGAAGGGUGCCCGCACCCCUAAGGUACCCAAACAGGCUGGCAUGAACUGGGCAGAUCUACUUCCACCUCCCCCAGCACACCCUCCUCCCCACAGCAAUAGUGAAGAUUACAGUCUUUCUGUGGAUGAAAGUUAUGACCAAGAAAUUCCAUGUCCAGUGCCGCCUGCAAGGAUGUAUCUACAGCAGGAUGAGCUAGAGGAAGAAGAAGAUGAUGAGCGAGGUCCUACACCUCCAGUCCGAGGAGCAGCUUCCUCUCCCGCAGCUGUCUCCUACAGCCACCAGUCUACUGCCACUCUAACACCUUCACCCCAAGAAGAACUACAGCCCAUGUUACAGGAUUGUCAGGAGGAAAUAAGCCACAUGCAACACCAACCUGACCGGAGACGUCAGCCUGUGAGUCCUCCACCCCCUCCAAGGCCUAUUUCUCCACCACACACCUAUGGUUACAUUUCAGGACCCCUUGUCUCAGAUAUGGAUACUGAUGCACCAGAAGAGGAAGAGGAUGAGGCAGAAAUAGAGGUUGCCAAGAUGCAGAACAGAAGGCUCCUUUUGCGUGGCCUUGAGCAGACACCUGCCUCAAGUGUUGGGGAUUUGGAAAGCUCUGUAACAGGGUCCAUGAUUAAUGGCUGGGGCUCAGCCUCAGAAGAAGACAACAUCUCAAGUGGACGGUCCAGUGUUAGCUCUUCUGAUGGAUCGUUUUUUACUGAUGCAGAUUUUGCACAGGCUGUUGCUGCAGCAGCAGAAUAUGCUGGUCUUAAAGUAGCAAGACGUCAAGUGCAGGAUGCAGCAGGAGGCCGUAGACAUUUUCAUGCAUCGCACUGCCCUAGACCCACCAGCCCUGUGUCUACUGACAGCAACAUGAGUGCUGUUGUAAUACAAAAGGUCCGACCUGCCAAAAAGCAAAAACACCAGCCAGGACAUCUGCGCAGAGAAGUCUACACAGAUGACCUGCCACCCCCUCCAGUGCCACCUCCUGCUAUUAAAUCUCCUACCGCCCAGUCCAAGUCACAGCUGGAGGUGCGGCCUGUCAUGUUGCCAAAACUCGCCUCUAUAGAACCGAGAACAGACAGGUCCACGGAAAGAAAAGGAGCAAGCUACAAAGGGAGGGAAGGGGCAGAUGGCAGACAGCAUUCUGAUGUGCGGACAAAUUCGGGAGAGCGCAGAGAAUUGCAGGAACAGCAAAAUGAUGGGAAACUGCGAGGAAACAAAGCACCAAAGCGAGAAGGCACACCAGCAAAAACUCAUCUUCUCCAAGAGGACAUCUUACCAUAUUGUAGGCCUACGUUUCCAACAUCAAAUAAUCCAAGAGAUCCCAGUUCCUCCAGCUCUAUGUCAUCAAGAGGAUCAGGAGGUAGACAAAGGGCAGAUCAAACCAAUAUAGGCCGAAGAAAUGCUUCAGAAAUGCAAAUACUGGGAGCAUAUGAACAAGGAGAAGAAGAAGAAUUAGAGGAAACCGAAAGCUGAAGAGGAUGAGAGAUGUACUGUAACAGGCUUUGAAAUCUAAUCAGAAAAAUAUCACUUAAGAUGCCUCGAGUCUGAUGAUGUUUGACGCCAGAAAUAAUGUUCAGUGCAAUCAGAGUGUACAAACUUUCAUUUUUAUUCAUGCCAUCAGAACGCUAGUCUUUAUUUUACUAUUUCUUUUUAACCCCUUUUCAUUAUGAACAGCCCCUGACUAUUGCAUAACGCUAAGUGUAUCACCUUCUUUCUGCCCAGAAGGCAGGUAACCUGCUCUUCCUGGUGUGGAUGCCAGCUAGCACUUCAGGAUUUGGACAGAAGAGGGUGCCAAAACCUGGGAUUCCUAGUUUUCACCCUGCAGGCGGCACCAAGCCAAUUGAUACGGCACCGAGUCAGUUGAUAAUCUUCCAUGUAAUAUAACAUUGAUUAAAAAUACUAAAUUGCAUAAAGUGAAAUUUAUGCAAAGGGUUCUUCUAAUGUAGUGGCUUUACUAUAGCCUGCAGUUAGUGCAAAGGGGAACUUGCAUUUUCAAAAUGGACUGUUCCUUUUAUUUCCUGCCAGUUUCUCAAUUACCCUUUGCAGCAGCAAAAGAAUUACUUCUUAAAAUGCAACUAGAAGCAAUUUGGGGUGAGGUGGCUCAUAUUGUAAAUAUAUACUCAUUUUAAAGCCCCUGUGGUACUUUAAUUUGUCUUCCCCAUUUUCAUCAUUCAAGUACAUUCUUAUUGAAAAUGUCCUUUGGGAUAGGCAGGAGCCAAGCCAGUAGGAUCUCUGGUGGUCUACUCAUGGCAUGAAUAAGUCUAUUAGAAACUUGUUCUAAUUUUCAACUUAAAUGAUACAUAAAAAUAAGCAAGGAAAAUAAUGGACAUUUUUAAUAAUAAUUGGAUAAGGACAUCGUUAUUGUGACUGGCCCAAAUCUCAGACCUCUACUUGUAGUAUCAAUUCACCUUAAAGAAGUGCCACUUAAAGACGUUUUGUUUGAUCUUGGGGUUUGUUUUGUUUUGUAAUG